AUGGUCUAUGGCGGGAAGCCCAGUACCGGGUGUCAUCUCUGUCGUAAGAGAAAGAUCAAGUGUGAUGAAGGACGUCCCGGCUGCCGCAACUGCUCCAUCUAUGGGCGCCCAUGUCCUGGCUACCGACCCAGUGCUGUUUUUCGCAAUGAGACCGGGAAGGUUGAGCAACCGCUGAAGAAAGAUGCCAGCCCGAGAGACAAGUCUAGCGCCAUUUCCAACUCCGGCGAUAGUUCCAGCGCCAGUGCGAGCACCGUGUCUGACUUCGUUUCAAUCUCUCCUAGUCAGAUGAGCCAGGCACUCACACCCACAGUGGGAUUCAACGGCACGAGUCAGCAAGCCUUGAUGGCCUUGAAGCCAUCAUUGAGUCUGUAUCAGAUGGCAGACGCUACCUGGGAACAGCGCGCAUCUUGUUUCUUCUUCGACCAGUAUAUUCUCGACCCUGAUCACGAAUAUGGUCGAGGCCAUAUGGAGUAUGUGCCUGCCCUAUAUGCACGCUCCCAGGAAGCUAGUAUCUUCGGCGCCAAUCCAUCGGCCGCUUGCCUGCGAUGGGCGGUGGAUGCAACCGGGUUGAUGAUGAAUGCCAAACAGAGACAUUCAUUGCCGUUGCUGACGAGGGCCCGUCAGGCGUAUGGCAAGGCGCUUCGGAAUGUGCGGACGGCCCUGGCAUCAACUGAGCAGGCAAUCCGAGAUGAAACCUUUGCGGCCGUCAUGGUCCUUUCUGUCUAUGAAGAUAUCACGGGCGAACGCAAUGGAUUGUUUAGUGCACACACAGCAGGACUUGACUUUUUAAUGAAAUUAAGAGGCGAGCGUCAAACGUGGAAUCAAUGUGGACGCGAUAUGUUCAAUUUUGGCUGGACACGCAAGUAUAUCGAGAUCCUGGUUUUGGGACAAAAUCUCAAAGAUGAGGAUGUCUGGGCCCCGGAGCUCUUCAAUGAAAACGAUCCCAUUGAGAGCCUCAUGCUCAUCGCCACGACGAUGAGCCGAGUAUUUCACUCGAUGCAAGCUUCCACCGGCCUACCCGAUCCAACCACCGUGGAAGGGUGGAUCACCAUCAGCCAAGAGUGCGAUGCCAAACUAUGCCAAUGGCCCUUGCAUCUGCCACCGCGCUGGCUGCCCACCACCGUCUACACGACGUCCGGGGAAUCCCUCUUGACUUACAACCACGACCUCCACGCCUCCAUCUGGUACUGGUACCGCGCCAUCCGCGUCAUGUUACAGCGGUUUCUUCUCACCCUGGAUCAAACUUACACUUCCAUUCGACAAAAGGAGGCCGGUUCUCCGGACGCGCAAACGAUACAAGGCCAGAUGGACAAAACCCGGCUGAUCGCCAUCUGUCAAGACAUGACCACGGACACCUGUCGCAGUAUUCCCUUCUCCUUGGCCGAGAUCGACAGUCUCGGGCGACAGGCCUUUUCGGAGAAUCCGUCGCAGCGAUACCGUGCAGCAAAAGGAUAUGUCAUGAUGUGGCCGUUAUGGCUGAUGCUGUCCAGCGGUAUGCCCACCCCGUCCCAAACGCAGCAAUUGUACUCUGUACUGUCGCAGAUUGGGUCCGCCCAUGGAAUCAAACUCGCAUUGAUGUUGGCGAGCGAAGCUGAACGCCAACGGGACGAUCGAUGGCCGUGUGGAACCCCCUUUGCAGCGGCAUCGAAAUUAAUCGCCAUUUGA